GCGCAGGGAAUUGUAUGCUUCAUUUGGCGGGCUUCUUAAUUAAUUAUGUGUCUCCAAGGAGAUCCUUCUCAUGUAGCUCAUUUCGAGCUUGAUCAGCAGAGGGUGUUCAAUUCCUUCCUUCUGAUAAGGAAGAUCAACAAGUGAAGUAGCAAUAUGGAACAUUGAUCCAACAGAUUUAGUGACUGAUAAUACGAGACUUGAUCGAUGCGUGGUUGCUUAACCGGUAAACUACAUAUAUAUGUUUGAAAAAUAAAUGGAUCGAGACCUUAGGAUUAGAGGUAUAUAUCUAGGGGAGAGGCCAUUCUGAUUUCCAAAGAUUAAAGCCCAUUGAUGAAAUUGAGGAUGUGGCCAAACAUUAACUAGCUAGGGACCUUUUUUUAUUUAUUAAUAGCUCAAAUCCUUUGUAUUAAAGCAUAGGAUGGAUUUCUAGAUUCAAACCCAACUCUUAAGUAAAGGGUUUAAGGGCUCAAUAGUCACCAAACUUUGGUUAGUGUAUCACAAAUGGUUUCUUACAAAAAUAAUCAUUCAAUUAGCUUAUUGAAGUCGAUAAUUAUAAAUCACUUUAAUGCGACAAAUUAAUAAUAUUGAAGAGGAAUGUAUUUGAUAAACAAAUGAUGUUGAUACAUGUUUCUCAUAAUGUUAAAAAAACAUUUAUAGAAAAACAUGGACUACAAAUUUUAUCAACCCAACCCAAUGAUAUUGGAAAUUAACCAGAAAUAGAAAAACGCCCAUCGAGUCACCGACUAAUGAUGUUAUUGGGGUCGGGGAAUUUUUUUAAUUUGCAGUGGUUUGAGUUUGACUACGAUAUAGCAACAACGCUCGCCCCGACAACAUGGUCCAUGAAAUCGUACUGUACCAGUGAUUCAAUCACGAAAUUUUAGUAUCGAAAGCUAAAUCGAUAGGCAAUAAUUAAUGAUAUUAACCGUUGAACUACGAUUAAAUCACAAUUUUAUCUUAAAAUAUUCUACUACUGACCUUUUCUGGUACGAUUGUCGAUACGGUUUGAUGGACCAUGCCUGGAGUAAACAGCUCAAGCCUCAACUCGAUAAUCCAAAUAUAGAGCUGAGAAGUUUUCGGAAAUUAAGCAAAGAAAAAUCGUUUUUUGAAAAAUUUCUCACUCACGCAACCAUCCACGUCUCAACUCUCUUCCGGUCUUCCCUUUCUGCGAACCAAAGCUUCAGUCUGUUGCUCCAUUCAUCCAUCAUUUUCUUUCUCCCACUUCCCCGUUCACCUCCAUGAAUCGAUAACUGCGGUAAAGCAGCUUCCUUUUUUAGUGGGCUUGGAUCUCAAUCUCAUCUCGCUGCGGCUACCGGUGAGAUUUCGCUCUGAGUAAGUGAACUCCUUAAACCUAACUUACCCUGCAAUUUCCCCCUUCAUUUUGCUCAAGUAGUUUCAGGAAUUUUGUGUUUUGUGUGAGUACCCAUUGCUGAAUCUGAGCAGACUGAGCUUGGGUUUCAUUUUAUCUUGUUGAAUGAAAUAAAGAGAUCUGGUUUUUGGGGAAUUUUGGUGUUUUACUGGGGAGAUUUUUGUAGGGCUGAGUGAGAACUCAUGAAGGAAGCAACAACUUCUUCGACUGAGCCAAUUGGGCAGAAGCUAAUCAAGUCGAUAAGCAAUCUGUGUUUCUCAGUCUUCGUCGUCACUGUUCUGAUUUUCACCGUCAUUGCAAUCACCUACCAACCUCCAGAUCCAUGGCUGGAAUCAGCUCCAGCUCUCACCAAAUUCUUCACCCAAAGCGAGAACGCCACUUUCCAAAUCGAUAAUUCCAUCUUGAAAACCGGCGAGGAAAUACAGACUGUGAGUAGUAGUGCUCCUGCUGCUCCCCCUUCUACUGCAAUCACGGAGGAGGUGAUCGAGAAGUCCGAGGCCAAGAUUGAGAAUGAGAAUGCUUCUACUACUCUGCAAUCCUCAGGAUGCGAGGAUUCAAACCUUGUCAAUUGCUCGGAUCCUAGGGUUCUGAUUGCAGUCGAGAGGUUCAAUCUCAAGCGUUUCAAGACCAACAUUGUGUUCUUGGACUAUCAGACUCCAGUUAAUGGCUCGAACCCUGAUGAGUGUGAUAUCUCGUGGAGGUUUCGUAACAAGAAGGAGAAGUCAUGGAGAAAGUACAGGGAUUUUAGGCGGUUCAAGUUUGGGUAUGGAGAGAAUUGCACCUACGAGAUUGUCCACGCAAAUGGCUGGCAUUCGGGUCUCAAUGCCCGGAGACCAAGAGCUGCUACUAAACCUAGUGGUCAAACCAGGCAAAGAGUUGCUCCACCGGUUCAUGACGACGAGAUAAAUGACACCAUCCCGACUCUAGGAUCAUACUUGAAUUUUAGGAAAGGGAAGUACUUGUAUUACUCGAGAGGAGGGGAUUACUGCAAGGGGAUGAAUCAAUACAUGUGGAGCUUCCUAUGUGGAUUAGGAGAAGCAAUGUACUUGAACCGAACAUUCGUGAUGGACUUGAGCUUGUGCUUAUCAGGUAGCUACAACCCCAGUGGGAAGAAUGAAGAAGGGAAAGAUUUCCGGUACUACUUCGACUUCGAGCAUCUCAAGGAGGUAGCAUCGAUCGUAGAAGAGAGUGACUUUUUGAGAGACUGGAAGAAAUGGGAUCGUUCACACAAGAGAAAGAUCCCGGUGAGGAAGAUCGUGACUCACAAGACAACACCAAUGCAACUGAAGAAAGAUAAGAGCAGUAUAAUCUGGAGGCAGUUUGAUGCGCCUGAGCCUGAGAACUACUGGUACAGGGUAUGCGAAGGUGAAGCUUCAAAGCACGUGCAGAGGCCAUGGCAUGCGAUUUGGAAGUCGAAGCGGCUGAUGAACAUUGUGAGUCACAUCAGUGGGCGUAUGGACUGGGAUUUCGAUGCGGUUCAUGUGGUUCGAGGCGAGAAAAUAGGGAAUAAAGAACGAUGGCCGCAUCUAGAUGCUGACACAUCACCAGAUGCCUUGGUGGAGAAGCUUCAAAAGAUGGUUCAGCCAUGGAGGAACUUGUAUGUGGCGACGAACGAGCCAUUUUAUAAUUACUUCGAUAAGCUAAGGUCACAUUUUAAGGUGCAUUUGCUUGGUGAUUAUAAGGAGAUGUGGGGGGAGACGAGUGAGUGGUAUAAUGAGACGAGGGAUUUGAAUGGUGGGAGGGCAGUGGAGUUUGAUGGGUAUAUGAGAGUUGCAGUGGAUACUGAGGUGUUGUAUAGGGGAAAGACUCGGGUUGAGACAUUCUAUAAUUUGACGAGUGAUUGCAAGGACGGGAUUAAUACGUGCUGACUGAAACCAGGUUCAAAUAGCUUCUUCUUCCUAUUUGCAGUGUAGAAUGAUACCCUGUUGAAUUGUAUCGGUGAGGCAUUUUGCUCUUGUAUUGAUGCUGUUGGUUCAUUUGUUUGUAAUUGAAUGGAUGAAAAAUGGGAGAAGCCUCUGGUCCUGUGAUGUAAAUUUCACCUCUUGUUUUGGCAUAUGGACAUCUUUCUGGUAAAACUGUGUUUGCCACUCUUAGUGACUGGACAUCUUUCUAGUUUCUAGUGGGGUUUCAGUUUCAGUAAACGAUUCUGACUUGU